UCAAAAACAUUAGAAUAAACCACUUGCUUAGAUUUGAUUGACUCGAAGUCUCAUACACAUGGUUUUCCUCAGUAUUCAAAUACCCACAACUAAUAUUCUCUUUAAUUCAAUUCAAUUCAAAUCAAUUCAAUAAUCCUUUGAAUUUCACCAUUAAUAGUGAGUUAAUCAUCAUUAGCUUGUAUAAAACCAUUAACCCUGAAAGCCUUAAGCUUAAUCAAAACCAUAAACCCAGAAAAUUAAGUAAAGUAAAGAUCAAAGAUGCAUUCAAGUCCAUUGCUUCUUGAUGAACCGAUUAGGAUGUCUUCCAUCCUUGAACCUUCUAAAUCGAGUUUCUUCCCUGCUAUGACCAAAAUUGUUGGAACUUUGGGACCUAAAUCUCGUUCUUUGGAGAUCAUUUCUGCUUGCCUUAAUGCUGGAAUGUCUGUGGCACGGUUUGAUUUCUCAUGGGGAGAUGCUGAAUUUCAUCAAGAGACAUUGGAUACUCUAAAGAUGGCAAUCAAGAGCACCAAGAAGCUUUGUGCUGUUUUGUUGGAUACUGUUGGUCCUGAGUUGCAAGUUGUUAAUAGGACGGAGCGUCCUAUUGCUCUUGAAGCAGAAUCUUUGGUUGUUCUAACACCUGAUCAGAACAAAGAGGCCAACUCAAAUUUGUUGCCCAUCAACUUUCAUGGACUAUGCAAGGCUGUGAAGAAAGGAGAUACCAUUUUUAUAGGACAAUAUUUGUUCACCGGAAGUGAGACUACUUCAGUUUGGCUUGAGGUGUCUGAAAUAAAAGGAGAAGAUGUGGUCUGCCUCGUCAAGAACCCUGCAACCUUGUCUGGACCUUUAUACACGUUACACGUCUCCCAAAUUCGUAUUGAUCAACCAACUCUGACAGACAAGGAUAAGGAGGUUAUCAGCACGUGGGGUGCUCGGAACAAUAUUGAUUUUCUCUCUUUAUCAUAUACCCGUCAUGCUGAAGAUGUUCGUGAGGCUCGAGAGUAUCUUUCUAAGUUAGGUGAUCUACGACAGACUCAAAUUUUUGCAAAGAUUGAGAAUAUUGAAGGGCUAACCCAUUUUGACGAGAUUCUACAAGAAGCAGAUGGAAUCAUCCUUUCUCGUGGAACUUUAGGAAUAGAUCUCCCGCCAGAAAAGGUGUUUCUAUUUCAAAAGGCUGCUCUUUACAAGUGCAAUAUGGCUGGGAAGCCCGCAGUGGUUACCCGUGUGGUGGACAGCAUGACUGAUAACCUUAGACCUACACGAGCUGAGGCAACUGAUGUUGCUAAUGCUGUAUUAGACGGGAGUGAUGCAAUUCUUCUAGGUGCGGAGACCUUGCGUGGCUUGUAUCCAGUUGAAACUAUAUCGACUGUCGGUAAAAUUUGCUUUGAGGCAGAGAAAGUGUUCAAUCAUGAACUUUGUUUCAAGAGGACCGGAAAAUAUGUUGGAGAGCCUAUGUCUCACAUGGAAUCCAUUGCUUCCUCUGCGGUUCGGACAGCCAUGAAAGUGAAAGCAUCUGCCAUCAUUUGUUUCACAUCUUCCGGGAAAGCUGCAAGAUUGCUCGCAAAGUACCGUCCAACAAUGCCAGUUUUAUCCGUUGUUAUACCUCAAAUCAAAACUAAUCAACUUCGCUGGACAUUUUCAGGUGCUUAUGAGGCAAGACAAUCUCUCAUAGUUAGAGGGCUUUUUCCGAUGCUUGCAGAUCCAAGACACCCUGCUGAGUCCGCAAAUGCAACAGAUGAAACCAUCUUGAAGAUCGCGUUAGAUCAUGGAAGGGCUUCCGGUGUUAUAAAAUCGCAUGAUCGCGUAGUCGUGUGCCAAAAACUUGGUGAUGCUUCCGUUGUCAAGAUCAUUGAGCUUGCUGAUUAGUAGCUAAUUCGCCUAUUAGCCAUUUCGAUUACAAUUCGCAAAGAGAUUAGCAAAUCAUGUGACUAUCUAUCAUAAGAAUUGUCUUGCUUCUGGUUUCUCAGUGGGUUUUGAGAUUUAUUAGCCAUACUCCAUUGGAUGUACUCGGCAUUUAUGUCUAGCAUUGUUAAAUAAUGUAGUUUGUGCAACACCUUCAAAAUUUAAACUGUAUACAUAAUAAUUGUAUGAAAUUUAGUGGUUCAUACAUUGUAAGUUACCUUUUCCUAUCCGAACCUUAUUUAUUUAAACUCUAUUUUUGAAA